AUGGGAAUAUUGCUAAGGCAUUCUGGCACACAUAAUUUCUGGCUGAAGUGUAUGGAGAAUGGUGUGACCCUGAGACCAGACAAGUUGCACUUCUGCAAAAGAAGCGUAACGUUCGCAGGGUACGUCCUUGAUUGGGAAGAAUACCACCUCAGCAAGGAACUCGUCAGGAGCAUAAUGGAGUUUACAAUGCCAACCAAGCCCACUUUAACCAAUGUCCGUGCAUGGUUUGGUUUGGUCAACCAAGUGGCACCAUUCAUAGUAGUGGCCCCCUUCAAAGAUCCCUUUAGAGAGCUCCUAAAGAAGCCAGUGGCGAAGUUGGUGGACUGGGAUGAACAGUUGCAAGCCAUAUUUUCGUCGGUAAAAGAUACCAUCGAAGAUCUGGCUGCUCCGUAUUCACUGACUACAGCUGCCAGGGUGCUGGAUUUUAUUAUGCAGCAGUACUGCCAAUACUGCUAUGCUACACAGGUGGGUGGAAAGUGGUGUUGUGUGGUAGCAGGCAUCUCACAGCUGCAGAAAAAAAACUGCAGCACCCUCGAAGGGGAAGCCCUUACUGUUGCCUGGUGCCUCAAGAAAGCGCGCCUCUUUCUACUGGGUUAUAGGAACCUCACAUUCAUCACCGACCACAAAGCUCUCACCAGAAUUUUUGGUGUUAAGGAACUAAAGGACCUCAACAACCCCCGUAUUUUGAACCUUCAUUCUGUAUCAAAUACAGAAGGAUGGCAAGACGGAUUUGCAGCAGAUGCAUUGUCUCGGUACCCAAUGCUGUUUGGCCACCCAGAGGAGUCUGAUGAAGCCGAUGAUGAACUGGUUUGUGCAGCCAUGGUAGCAGCUACAUCAGAAGCAGUUGAAGGUGAUGGAGGACGUGUAGUGGAUGUCAAGCAGGUCAAAGAGGAAGCAGCCAAGGACGAGGAAUACCAGCUGCUACAAGAAUGCGUGUCCAAUGAGUGCUGGACUGACUGCGAGAAUAUGGAGCCGCUUGCUCUACAGCCAUAUUUCAGGAUGCGGCGCCACCUGUCAUGCCAGGGAAAUAUUGUCUUGUACACCAAUGACGUGAGACAACCAUUUCUGGUCAUUCCCAUGGCCCUCAGGCAUGCUGUGCUCACUAAUCUUCAUGCAGAACAUCAGGGUAGAGACAAUGCUCUGCAGAGCAUGCCAGUCACAACAGACCUGUUCCAGCUCAACGGCCAGAUCUACAUUGCCUACGCCGAUAGAUAA